AUGAAGUCCGGAAGGAAAAGAUUGCUGUCGAAGAGAGCUCGAGGUGUAACAUCGUGUCUUCAAUCGAAACGAGUAACUUGCUACUGUGCCAUUAGCCGUGGCAAAAAAGUGGUAUCGAGAUCUACACGAUCAAGACAUGUAACUGAGUUCGGUGUAAUGGAACAUAUCGACGUAGAGCAACAGAGUCUAGAUCAGACGUCGCAAGCACAACCCGACACAGCACAAGUACAUGAUAUGCUCCCAGAGCAUCUUGAAAAUCUUCAAUCUACAGUGAAUAAAGAUUAUGAAGAUCACUCACAGCAUUCUUUGGUUGAUCAGAAUGCAUCUAGUGACGCUGAGUUUGAAAUGAACAGUCAAAGUAUGUCGAGACUUGAGACAUCAGAGACUUCAGAGACAUCAGAUGAUGAAACUGCAAGCAGAAGGGAUGGCAGCUUCAUUAAUGAUCAAGGCAUAUUUAAUUAUGAUGAGGGAUCAUCUGACCAGACUGAGAAGUUAUCUGUUGAAGAUACGAUUGACUUAGCUGCAGCUCACGUGCACACUAAACCAUCAACAGCAAAAGUCAUACCUGAUGAGUUGGAUAUGGAAAUGCAGUUCAUGAUGCUAUCGGUGGAGAAUUAG